CUCACGGACUGGCCCUGUUAGCAGACUGAUGAAAAGCUGUGCUGUCAGACAUUCAGCCUCUUUUUUAAUUUUAUGUGCGUGAUACACGUCAGCGAGGUAACACACCGGGCACAUUUGUAAGCUCGCCUGGAAACGACACCGAGCUGGACCGACGAGCUGUCAGAGCUGUGUGACAGCCAGACGGCCCUCUUCAGUCUAUGGGCUCUCAGUCCAGUUCUGGGAUGUCUGGUGGAAGGGGCUCUUCCAGUGGCAACCCAGCUGAGCAGCCUGAAGGAACAGAAAACAACCAGAGCAGUAGCAGCAGCAGCAGUAGUAGCAGCAGCCGAGGCCGCAGGACGGCUGACAGGCAGCCAGGAGACAGACAGACAGCACCAGAGGAGGACGUUGACUUAGCAGAAGUGCUGGCUUACCUACUGAGGAGGGGCCAGGUCAGACUGGUCCAUGGCAGUGGAGCCACGGGGCUGCAGCUGGUCCAGUCAUACUCUGACUCUGAUGAGGACAGCGAUGGAGCCUGGGAGGGUCGCCUGGGUGACCGCUACAAUCCACCAGUGGACACUCAGCCUGACACAAACGAGUUGGACCGCAGUGAGAUCCGAACUCAGAUCCUGCUGGCCACGGCUUCCUCUACCCUGAAAGGCCGACACAGUUUCACCCACAUGCUAUCAGAGAGAGAACAAGGCAGGUGUAGAGGCUCCAGUUUUUCCCAUGGAGAGUGCAGUCGUAUUCGCACACAUUUCCUGCCAAACUAUGUAUCCCACAAGGAUACAUACCAGCAGAAAGCCUUCUGUGGAGUGUACAGCGAGGAUGGCAACAUGUUCCUCUCUGCCUGCCAAGAUCAGAACAUCCGCUUGUACGACACCACCAGGGGGCGCUUUCACCUACAGCAAACAGUGAAGGCGCGAGACGUUGGUUGGAGUGUGCUGGAUGUGUGCUUCACUCCAGACACACAGCAUGUGCUCUACUCCAGCUGGUCUGACUACAUUCAUUUGUGCAGUAUAGAUGGAGACAGUGAAAACCACACCGCCCUGGACCUCAAUCCAGAUGAGAGGAGGUUCUGUGUGUUCUCACUGGCUGCAUCCACAGAUGGCAAAGAGAUCCUGGGAGGAGCAAAUGACGGCUGUCUUUACGUUUUUGAUCUCGAGCAGAAUAAGCGAACGUUGAAGAUUGAUGCCCACGAGGACGACGUGAAUGCGGUGGCUUUCGCCGACAGCUCGUCCCAGCUGCUCUUCUCUGGCAGCGACGACGCGCUGUGCAAGGUGUGGGACAGACGGACGCUGCGGGAGGACAGACCGCAGCCUGUCGGACAGCUGGCCGGCCACCGAGAUGGCAUCACCUUCAUCCACAGCAAGGGUGACGCCCGCUAUCUGUUCAGCAACCUCGAUCGUCCCAUCAUCAGAUUUCACCGAAGAGGGCUGCAGCCUCGCUGCUCCCUGAAGAGACACAAGCUGACAGGCGACACCUCGGUGAUGACCUACCGCGGUCACGGCGUUCUGCACACCCUCAUCCGCUGCCGUUUCUCUCCGGAGUUCAGCACAGGGCAGAAGUUCAUCUACUCUGGAUGCUCCACUGGCAAAAUCAUCAUUUAUGACGUACUGACGGGCACCGUGGUCUCCAGAAUGUCGGGCCAUGACGCGUGUGUGAGGGACGUCACCUGGCAUCCGUAUGAGGACAACAUCAUCAGCAGCUCUUGGGACGGAGCUGUUCGAAUGUGGGAGAACAGACAAACCCAUCCUCUAGAGGAGGAGAGAGAGAGGGAGAGAGAUUACAUACAGACAGCAGGAGAAAGGCCUUGAGACGGCGAGAGAGGAACGACAGAGGAACAGAUGUCAGAGAAAGUGACAUCAUCACAGACGGGAAGCCCUAACGGAGGAAGACAAUAAGCUCACAAAGACUGAAAGACACUUAAAUAUCUUUUAAAUUCAAUGCUGGAUAUUAAUGAUUACAAUUAUAGUGUGGUUGUGAUGUGUUCAUUUGGAAGGCAUUGUAGCCUUACGUUGUCAAAUGCUGAUUAUGACACAGUUGGAUGGCCGACUUGUUUUCUUUUUUUCACAGUCUUGCGCAAAACCAACAGGCCAAAGCUUUUGAAUUUGGCCUGAAACACUUCACGCCAAAAGUGCUGAAGCUCAAAAACGCAGAGCACCGCACUUACUUAAAUGAGCAAUGGAAAUUUAAUGGUAAGUUAGUUAUAUAAAUAAAUCAAUGUUGGAUAUUGCAGGGAGAAACUGCCGAUGAUAAUUCUGUAUAAAUGUAUAGUAUUUUAAUGGUGUGUCAGGGAGUGUUUUCAGUUGUUGUCAACGUGCUGAUUCAGCAUCAGUUUUGACUUUCCUGGUAUGAGUAACAAGCUGUGUCCCAUUUUAGGGUCUGUCUCUUUCAAAGCCCACAUUUAGAGACCAGAUAUGUUCUAACAAUCCAGUACAGUAUUUGUCAGUUACCUGAAAUCACAACUCCUGAACCUGGCUAUUGUAGCUUUCCUGAGUUUACUAUUGGUCCAUCUCUCGGACAACUUCCUGAGAUUCGACUUGUCUCAGUUCUUAAGACAAAACCCUGAAUUUAACCACAGUAAUGGUUUGAGGUCUUAUUAUUGAUCCUAGGUGGGCACUCUGUUAACACAAGCCCUGAGUCGACAAAAGAAAAAGCAAGUAAUUUUUUGUUAGCUAAGAUAAACGUGAUCUGUUCAAAUGAUUUGAAUGUAUGUGAUCAAAUACGUCAAGGUCAGAACUGUGUGAAGGGACUGGGAAUGUGUGUGCUUGGAUGAAAACUUGCACACUCAUCUGUUUAUGCAAUUUUCAGGUGUUUAUAUCAAAUCCAAUAUUUCACUCCCCAGAACCGUUGUUUUACAGUAACAAUUAAACCUUUCUUCAAAUGUA